CCCAGGGUGUUCCUGCUUUGUUGCCUGCUCCAGCUUGUACUGAGUCAUUUCUUCUUCAUCAUAUAUGACAAUGAAUGUCCAAAUUCUCUCAAUCCCCCAGAUGAUUGAUUGUUCUUUUCAUUUUGUCAGUCCCAGCAUAUACAAGGAGCAGCCAAGCCCAAAGAUAGAGGCCAUGAGCAUUGGCAGCCAGUCUGAGAUAGAGAUAGAGAUAGAGAUCAUGAAGGAUAUGCAGCCUACACUAACCUAUAGUGCAUUUCCUCAAGCCUACACUCCGGCUAUAAAAAGGAUGCCAAGGCCAGCACAUCUUUUUUCAGAAAUAACAAUCCCAACCUCUACGUAUAUUACUCGAACGAUGGUGGCAAGAAUCAUAAAUGCUUCAACCUUCUGUGCCCCGGGUUCAUUCAAACGAAUAACAAGAUCGCCCUCGGCACGAGCUUCAUCAGCGGUGGCUCCUCCAUCACCUAUGACGGUGUACCCUAUGUCACUAUGAGCAUACACAGAGUUUCAGGUCAGAGGCCGUGGUGGGUCUCGGUGAAUGACACGGUCGUCGGCUACUUCCCGCACACACUGUUCCCAACAUUCUUCCCUGAAAGCUUUGUCAACCAGCUGGGUGGUAUCGUGCACAACUCCAGGCCCGGUGGCGUCCAUACAGACACGGUGAUGGGCAAUGGACGCCUGCCGAGCAGCGGCAACUCAGCGGUGGUGAAGGCGUACUCCGCGAUUGCCGCUGACGGGAAAGAUAAAAAGGACAAGCCUUCCUUGUUCGGAGUCACAGCACCCAGGUGCUACAAUGCUGCCGUUCUUGGUGAGAACCAGGACGUGUCUGGUUACGACAUCGCCUACGGCAGUCCCGGUGGAAGCCACUGCGACCAGUGAUGGUUCCAGUGGUCCUUACUUUUGGCUCAUGUGGCAUCCUCAUCAGAAAUGUAGAGUGACAGGCAAGCAUAAUGUUUUAUGAAUGGUCUUUUAGUCAAAUUAUUUGAAAUAUAGUACAGACAUAGAAGUUGGCAAAUACGCACACAUACUCAUCAGUCAUCA